AUGCAAGUCGAAGUGAAUCCCAACGAAGAUACUGAAUGGAACGACAUCCUCCGCCAACAUGGCAUCAUCCCUGAAAAGCCCAAAGAUCCAGAACCCCUAAUCCAAGAGGCGCUGGUCGAAGCCGAACACAAAGCCCACGAGAACAGAUUAGAAGAUAAAGAUCUGGACGAGCUCGACGAACUCGAAGAUGAAGAGGACGAAAAAUUCUUAGAACAAUACCGACAAAAACGCCUCGCCGAAUUAACAACCCUCCAAACCACCGCCAUCCACAACCAAGUUUACCCGCUCCAAAAAGUCGAUUACGGCCGCGAAGUCACCGAAGCCUCUAACCAGUACUUCGUCCUCGUACACCUCUCGUCCCCCUCCGGCGGCGCAAACCCCGAGUCCCGCAUCCUCUCCGAGAUCUGGCGCCAGGCGGCAGCCAAGUUUGGCGAUGUCAAGUUCUGUGAGAUUCGUGCGGAUAUGUGCAUUGAGGGGUAUCCAGAGAGGAAUACGCCGACGGUACUGGUUUAUAAGGAUGGGGAGAUUAGGAGGCAGUUGGUUACGUUGAAGGAGGUGGGAGGUGUUAGGACGAAGCUUGCUGAUAUCGAGCAAAUGCUUCUUGACUUAGGAGCGCUGAAAGAGAGCGACGUUCGUCUGAAGAAGCGAUCCAAUUCGGAAGAGGAGGACAGCAAGGCAGAAGAAUACAACGUGGAAGAUUACGACGAUGAUUGGGAUUAG